CUCAGUCUCUAGUACAGUCACGGUAGAAGUUGCUCCGUCUUGUUGCUCUUGAAAUGUGACCGGUUCCGCCAUGAUAUUGAACAUUCAAUUCGCAUAAAAAUGGCAGCUGAAAAAAAUGUUGGGAACCUAAACAACAUAUACCAUUUCGACCUAGUGGAUUAUAUAGUAUUUGCUUCUAUGCUGAUACUCUCUGCCUUAACAGGGCUGUACUACGGCUGCAGAAGCAAAUAUUGCAAGAGUGAAACUGGUCAGACACUAAGCGAAUAUUUGACAGGAAACAGGAAUUUGAAACCAUUUCCUGUAGCUUUGUCUUUGAUAGCAAGUUACGUUUCUGGAGUAACAAUUUUGGGCACUCCAUCGGAUAUUUACCUUUUUGGAACUCAGUACUGGUUUAUAGUCAUUGCCAUAUGGCUGAGUGGUUUGGUGGUUGCCAAUGUUUACCUACCAGUAUUUUUGAGAUUGCAAGUUAAUUCUUCCUACGAGGUAUGUAGACUUCAUUCUAAAAUACGGGAUGACAUAUACCAAUCAAUUAUUGUGACUAUUGCCAUCAAUCAAUCAAUCUGUCAGGGACGUGUCUUCCACGAUAUAUCUCAUAUCUCUUUCGUUUCUGGCUUUAAUUUUGUAUUUUCAAUAAUUUCAGUGACAGGAAUCAACAUUCAUUUAGUUGGAACAAUUGUGGCGGUAGUAUGCGUUUUCUAUACUUUUUUGGGCGGUCUUAGAGCCGUGGUAUGGACUGAUUCUUGGCAAGUAAUAGCUAUGUUUAUUUCGGUAAUAGUAGUAGUUAUACUAGGAACAAUUGCAGUUGGUGGACCGAGCGUUAUCAUAGACCUGACAAACAGAGGAGAGAGAUUUAUUUUUUUCGACACAAACCCGAGUAUGUAUGAGAGAUACACGAUAUUCAGUGUGUUGAUUGGAGGGUUUACUUAUUGGACUUGUUUCAAUUCAGUCAACCAAACGAUGGUCCAAAGAUAUCUUUCAUUGCCAAGUGAGAGACAAUCCAAAAUAUCCGUACUCAUUUUCACAAUCGGCGUAUCUGGGUUCGUGUGGAUAUGCUGUUAUGCAGGAAUUCUAGUGUUCGCAUCUUAUUACGGUUGCGAUCCUCUUUCGUUGGGUCGAAUUAAGACAGACGACCAAAUAUUACCACUUUUCGUUAUGGAGACCGUAGGUCAUUUAAGAGGAGUUCCUGGACUUUUCGUUGCUGGUGUUUUUGGCGCUGCAUUAAGUUCUUUAUCUGUAGUCCUCAACUCAACGGCUCAGGUGUUUUUAGAAGAUUUUCUUAAGGGUUGCAUGAAGAUGACUCUUUCUGAGAGGAUUGCCACUAUAGUGGUGAAAGGGGUCGUUUUAGCUUUAGGGCUAGUAGCUGUGGGAUUCAUGUACGUUGUAGAACAUAUGGGAGGAGUUUUAGCAAUGGCUUCCUCGCUGUCAGCUAUCGCAGCAGGGACGUCUUGCGGAAUCUUCACAUUGGGCAUGGUGUUUCCAUGGGCCAAUUCAAAGGGGGCUAUCGCGGGAGCUAUAGCUGGAGCAAUCAUGUCCGGUCUGGUUUCGUUCGGGGGACAAUUUGUUGCAGCCGCGAAGUUGGUGGUUGCCCACAGAUUACCAGUUUUCGUGAAUCAGUCCUGUUUUGAAAAAUAUGGAAUCAGCAACGAUACUAUUGCACCUCCGAUAAUUUAUCCGGACGAAUCCGACGUUUUUCCUCUUUUCCGAUUGUCGUUUAUGUGGAUCACUCCUGUUGGGGUUACGACCGUUGUGGUGGUUGGAAUCGUAACUAGUUUCUUAACAGGCAAGACCGACUUGAAACCUUCGGCUGAACGAUCCUAUAUAUACAGAGGGAAUGUAUUUUUUUGGUGCAAUUCUCUAUCUGUAGUCCUCAACUCAACGGCUCAGGUGUUUUUAGAAGAUUUUCUUAAGGGUUGCAUGAAGAUGACUCUUUCUGAGAGGAUUGCCACUAUAGUGGUGAAAGGGGUCGUUUUAGCUUUAGGGCUAGUAGCUGUGGGAUUCAUGUACGUUGUAGAACAUAUGGGAGGAGUUUUAGCAAUGGCUUCCUCGCUGUCAGCUAUCGCAGCAGGGACGUCUUGCGGAAUCUUCACAUUGGGCAUGGUGUUUCCAUGGGCAAAUUCAAAGGGGGCUAUCGCGGGAGCUAUAGCUGGGGCAAUCAUGUCCGGUCUGGUUUCGUUCGGGGGACAAUUUGUUGCAGCCGCGAAGUUGGUGGUUGCCCACAGAUUACCAGUUUUCGUGAAUCAGUCCUGUUUUGAAAAAUAUGGAAUCAGCAACGAUACUAUUGCACCUCCGAUAAUUUAUCCGGACGAAUCCGACGUUUUUCCUCUUUUCCGAUUGUCGUUUAUGUGGAUCACUCCUGUUGGGGUUACGACCGUUGUGGUGGUUGGAAUCGUAACUAGUUUCUUAACAGGCAAGACCGACUUGAAAACAUUAGACCCAGAGUUGAUUUCACCUGUUUUUCAAUGGUUAUUACCACCCGAAGCUCAGAGAUAUGCGGGUUCUACCAUUAAAAGAGUAAGAAAUAGGGAAGUUUUGGAGAAUGAGAGUAUGGUACAAAUAAGACCUAUUGGAGUACAAAUAACACCAGAGGUCGCAAGAAAGAAUAGCUGACAGUUGAAAUAUUUUCUUAUAAAGAUAGUUAAAUGAGUUCAAAUUUGUACUUAUAUUCGAUUUAUUUAUGUAUUAUUUACUUUGUGCUGAGCAGUAUUAAAAUUGCAAAUUAAAUCUACGUGAAAUUA